AUGCCUCGAUCGCGAAGCUACACUGUGUGCCAGUUUUGCAACGACUCUUGGAUUUACAACCACAAAAUCAAGCACCGCCCGUUUUGCAGAUGUGGGCAACCAUGGCCUUUGCAAGAGUCGCAGUACACCCAGGAUUCGGACCUGGGGUCGUACCAAUGGUCCCAGAAGCGUGCCGUUUUUGUCAAGCCGACCAAGCCUGCAAAAACCCAGCCAUCCAAGGGCUUUAAGGGUGUGCAGGUCCUUGGUGAGCACUGGGGUUCUUUGCCUGAAGCAGUGCAGCAGGUGCUCAAGAAGAAUGGGCUGGCCCCGCCGGAGCCUGCUGAAGAUGAAGACCCGCUGCUUAAGCUGCUCAUGCAGCACAAAGAAGCCCUGCCUGCCGAGAUCAAGCUCGAGCUUGACAAGAGGGACCCGGAGCCUUUCGAAGUUGCACUUGCCACCCAGGAUGCUUUCAAAACUGCAGUUGGAAAGCUACGGGAGCUUGGCCAUCGCAAGUUGCUCCUGCAGCAACGAAUUGACAAUGCAAAGACUGCCUUCACUGCCUUGCUUUCGCAGAUGCAAAACUUGCAGGCGGAGAUCAAAGACGCUGAGCAAAAGGUUGAGAAAGUUGGAGGUGACUACCAUGAGAAAGUGCUUAAGACGGAGGAUGGCACAGAUCCUAUGGAUGUGGAAGCGGUUUUGGGACAGCUUGGAGUCCAGCUGACCCAGGAGCAGCAGGCCACCUGGAAGGCCAUCCAGGCCGAGCAUGCUUCCAAGCGGAGGAAGGCAGAAGCACUGGAUUCCCCCCCGGGCCUUGGUGUAGGGGAGCUGUUAGGCGCUGACGCCGCGCCCAGGCCUUUCGGGCCUCCGCAAAGGCCAGCCCCUGCUGACUGGUGCACCGUUUUAAUUUCGCAAGGACAGAUGCUCUUCGAUAAGUGGGCUAAGCACUUUACAGCUGAGCAAUUUUCCGUUCCUUUGCAAUUUGCGGGUGAUGUUUUGACCUGGUGUGAGGAGGUUUGUACCUUCCUUGCUCAGGAUGAGUGCGCAUCUGAACUUCUCAGGGUCCCGGCUGGUCCAAUUUUUGUUGCUGGCCACCUCGUGGGUGGUACGAUCGGCAGUGCCCUUGCCUCCCCCUUGAAGACCUCUGGGCCCAAGUACUUCUCCAGGGCCGUGUUUGAUGAUGCAGAUCAUGUUGUUUCUUCCUUGGACACCCUUGAGGUUCAGGAGUGGAAGGCCCUCCUCCACAUCCUUGAGGCUGCACCUGUGAUGGAUAUGCCUGCCAAAGAGGCUGAUCUGCUCCAGUGGAUUGAGGACUUUGGCGAGCAAUAUGAAACAGGGUCUUUAGCGGAGUGGACUUUGAACCGUAUCUGCCAGCUCCUUGAGCAAUCCAAGGAUGACACCCUGGGUGUGAUUGAGGCUGUUGACGCUGUGCUGGCUGGCUUCUGUAAAAAGGGGUCAGAUAGCCAGCGUCUGCUGAUUGGUCAGGCCAAUAUCACCACCUAUCGAAGUGAGAUUCGAACUUGGUUGGUGGAUCGGGAUGAGUCCUUUUGGCUUUUGCAGGAGACACAUGUCACUGAAUCAGACACCAGAGCCCUGGUGAACAAAUUCCAAUCUGUUGGAAAGCAAGCUUGGGCGGGCCCUGCUGCACCGACCCAGGGAGGAUCUUCAGGGGGCCUCCUCACCCUGGCUCCUUCCCAUCGCAAUGCGGCGACUGGAGGUUGGCUGUGCUCCUUAGCCAAACCAGCACGCCCUGGCUGGUUCUUGGUGAUUGGAAUUGCCCUCCUGAUGAACUCCUACGACUUGGAUACCCUACCAUGGUUAAGGGCCGGCUGGCGGCUCAAGCACGUGGUUUGUGGGAUACCUCCCAACCACUUGACCAUGAGUGGGCUUCCUUCAGUGCUGGGGUUGAGGAGCAACUCUUUUCUGCUGCUGCGGGUCGUGGGUGGAAACUGGAAGACACGCGAGAACAAGGAUGAACGAUCACUGGAUCGACAUGAAGCCGUCAAGCAGAGUGAAGAGGCCUAUAGUCAAUGGCUGGAAGCGGCGUGUAAAGGAGGUAUGAGAGGCAAUGGAGACAACCUCUUAAUUGAUUGGCACGAGUUACAACACGCAGCAGUUGCCCAAGCCAGCACGCUCCAGCCGAUUACUGGCUCUAUGGUUGAGAAAGCCAUUAAGAAAAUGCCCCACAAAGCCAUUGGUGCUGACGGUUGGAGUGUACAGAUGCUGCAGAAGUUGGCCCCAGUGCAAUUGGAAAGGUUGGCUGCGUUCUUCAACACUUGGGAACGUCAGGGUUGUUUCCCGGCCCAACUUUCUCUUGUUCUUGUCGCUCUCAUCAACAAGUCUGAGGAUGAGGAGCGACCGAUUGGACUGACUCCUGUGCCAUAUCGCUUAUGGGCCAAACUCCGAUGGCCGGUCUUCAAAGCAUGGCUUGAUAAGUAUGCCGCCACCCAAGACUGGGACCGCGCCGAGAAGGGCUUAUCAAGUCUUGAUGUUGCGUUGCGCCGUAAAAUGUCUCAUGAGAUCCUGUACCGGAAAAAGAGACACGGUGUAACGGUGCUUUUGGACCUUAAAGCAUUUUAUGAAAAUGUCUCUCACCACAGUUUUGUGGCCCAGGCCCUUGCCCUUGAGGUACCCCCGCUCAUUUUAAAUGCUGCAAUCUCACUUUACAGUGCGCCGAGAUGGAUCAGUGCUGAAAAGUGUAUCUCUGGGCCUAUCAAGCCGACGAAGGGCUUGGUAGCUGGUUGCCCCUUUGCCCCGGGACUCAGCAAGAUCCCCUUCGACAGCAUCUUACGCCCGGCAUGGAACUCGGGGCUUGCCAAAACCAUUGACCUUUAUGUCGAUGACACUAGUUUUGAUACUGAAGCUGCUAGCCCUGAGCUAGCUGCGCGCAGGGCAGCGCAGCUGUACAAAGCUGUGGUGGGGGGCUUAGAGCAAGCUGGACUUCCCAUCAGCACUGGCAAGACGGCCUUUGUGUGUUCGUCAAAGAAGGUCGAGGCUGCCUUAAAAGGGUACCUUCCUGAUUCUGAACAAAUCAAGGAUGCUGCCAAGGAUUUGGGCAUUGAUUGCACUGCUGGUCGAAGGAUGCACUGGCUGCGUGCCUCCUUCGCGCAUGAAUUGGGGCGCAUGUCGCUGGGUUCGGUGGAUCUGACGAUCGACCAUGCUGCACCUAAGAGACCGGACCCGGCUUACACGAUUAUAUCCCAGCACUUCAAAGCGAUCCACCGGUUGCUGUGUUUUAUCCCUGACAGGCAAAAACAGCAUUUUGAUGACAUACUGCCUGAGAUGUGGAUGGAGUACCAGCAAACCGAAUAUCCCUGGAAGCGCGCUGCUGGCCCAGUAGGGGCACUGCUGUGUUACCUGGUUGACUUGGGUUGGACCCCGGUCAGUGCAUCAGCAUGGAAGUGCCCGGAAGUGGAGCCGUUUAAGGUUCAAGAAGGUGCGGUUGUGUGCACCAUGGCGGCCUAUUCGGAAUCCACUCCAGUGUUCCGAGCCCGAUGUGCAGCAUGUGGACUUGAUGAAGCCGAGACGGAGAGUCUUGUCGCUGCCGGCCUCACAACCUUGGCAAAGGUCGCUUUCUGCAGUGCCUAUACCCCAGGCGCUGGUGACGAUGGCAGUCUCAUCUUAGCCCUGUCAACUGCGUUGGGAAAAGAGCCGACCUUGGGGCAAAAGGCCUCUUUCCGACGGCUCUUUCACGAGUCUUUCUCAGUUACGACUCAUGAGAUGAAAGGUUUGGUGAGCCAAACGGAGGAGAGUGCACCUCGAAAGCUCUCGGUCCCGGAAAGGGCUGAGAGGCAUUCCGCCAUUGUGAAGCGACUUCCAGGUCUUGAUAUUAGAAACCGCACUGAACCGUCUGAUUCAUUGCUUGAUCUGUGUGUUUCAAUGUAUGAGAACAACAAGCUUCUAUAUGUGGAGUGGGACCGCCUGACGAGUAAGGAGCAGGAGCAGACGCUGAGCGCCAAGCGGGAGAAAGUCCUUUCUGUUGAUGCGGCCGGCAUGUUGCGGACCGAAAAGUCCUCCCCGGCAAUAGCCGAUACUUCGACUGAGCUUCUACUCCUUCUUGCCAUGACUCGCAGAGCGGUGGCCUUUGAGAUGGCAAACCUCCUCGACUAUAACCUGCAUGCGCGCUGGAGCGAGCGCCUGCAAAGUGCCCGUUUGGACCCUGUGCUCGCGGGCCACUUGCAACCCACUUUCCAGCAGCUGCAGGCUGCUGAUCGCCGCCUUUUCAUGCUCCUUGCGGACCGAACAAGGACCGGUAUCCAACUGAAUGCCACAGGCAAGCGGCCGCUUGACCUGAUCUUUGUUGAGUGCACCCAAGCUUCGGAAGUCCUUCACCUGUUGCAGCCCCUUCCCAAGGCCCAGAGUGGGCCGUCUCCCCCCAACGAGAGUGCUGAGCGUGGCGGCCCUUACCCAAGAGGCCGAGGUCGUGGGAGAAGCCAGAAGGGAGGUCGCAAGGGCGCUGGUAAGGGCGUUCGAAUGCCCUUCGGGCUCCAGGGCUGCCGUUCCUGCACCAAUAACAACGAGCCCAUAUGUUUCGAUUGUAACCUCAAGAAGUGCCGUGAAACGGUCACCCGAGGCCGUUGCCGGAAAGGCCUUCAUAUCUGCGCUGUCAGUCGCUGCGGACGUACACAUCCUGCCCUGGACUGCCCCAACAAGCCGGCGGCCAUGGGUGCCGCCUUGAUGCACGCAUACCCCGCACCGGUGCAUCCUGCAGAAAUUUUGGCUUUUUCCAUGCUUCAAGAGCGCGCCCUGGUCCGCUCGAAAAUCGUCGAGAUGGUGGACUUGCUCCCCUUCGAGCCUUCGCCGCGGGCCGAGACUGGUCGUGCUUUCGCUGCCGGGGCUUAUGGUCAGGGUGCACUGGUUGGGUUUCGUAAGAAUACCCUGGUUUUCCCUUUCUGUGUUUUUGCCUUGACUGCCUGGCUGCGCCUGCUGUGCCCAGAUUCCAUUUUCUCAGCCAUUGUUCUCCUGGAUGCUGACGACGCUCCAUUCCAUAAGGAUGUGCGUAACCAUCCUGUGCCUAACACCGUUGCGCCUUUGACCGUCUUCCAAGGUGGUCUGCUUUGGGUCGAGGGUUGUGGUAGUGAAAGCCUCCCUUGUGCUGGCCACACCGUCCAAGGUGGCCCUUUGUCCUGGGAGCAUGGUGCCGUUACCUUCGACGCCUAUCGCCUGUGGCAUAAAGUCCUGCCCUGGACGGGGCGCAGGCUUGUCUUGGUGGGUUUCACUCCUGCCUCCUGCCACCGGCUCCUGCCGGACGAUCGUGCCAAACUCGUUGCCUUAGGUUUCCCCCUCCCUCCGCUCCCCCAGACCGCUGAUGCACCUGAGCCUGCGCGACGCUCGCGCUCUCCUGCUCCCACUUCCGCUGUUGUGGCCGGUUCGGGUUCUAGGACUAGGUCGCCUCCCCCUGGUUUGCCGGGUCCCCUAGUCUCCCCAACUCCCGUCGGCACGCCGCCUUUGUUCAUCGAGCUUUGCGCCGGUACUGCCCUGCUGUCACAGCAGGCCGCGGAGGCUGGUUUUCGGACGUUGGCUGUUGACCAUCAUGGCAAUCGCUUUAAGCCGCAUGUGCAUGUUCUGCAGCUGGAUCUCCGCAGCCCCUCCUCCUGGGAGUUCCUUCGUGGCGUCUUGUCAUCCCAAGCCGUGGCUCAUGUGCAUAUUGCCGUGCCGUGCGGCACAUGCAGCCGCGCCCGCGACUUGUCACCUGGGCCCCCCCCUCUGCGCGACCUCCAUCAUGUCUGGGGUCUUCCAGGGCUCUCACCUACUGAUCACGCUCGUGUCCAAAGUGCCAAUGCAAUCUACGAGGGCGCUGCUGCUUUCUUCGAAUUUGUUCUGGCUUCUUUUCCUCAGAUCGGCGUCUCAGUAGAGAACCCUCUGCAUUCAUGGCUUUGGAUGUUGCCGCCUUUUGCCUCUUUGAUGCAGCGCUGCACUUUCGUUGCUUUUGACCUUUGCAGGCAUGGCUCCAACAGGCGCAAGGCUACGGGCCUUCUCACCAACGUGCCAGGUUUGGGGGUCCUUAGUGGGCCAUGCCCAGGUUGUGCGGAGCAUCAGCCCUGGCAAGUCCAAAACGGCGAGUUUGCCACCGCCCGUGAGGCGGCCUACCCGCUCCUUUUCUGCCAGCGGUUCGUGGCGGCGGUUGCGGCCUCCGCUUCAGCGUCUGGGUUGGGCCCUGAUCCCGAUGCCCUUUCUGCCCAUGCUUCCGCGCGUGCAGCCAACCACGUGCAGCCACGCGGGCGCCGCUUUCCGCCGCUCAUACCCGAGUACAGCUACACUGUCACUGUCUUUUCUGAGAUGCCGCCGCCGCUCAAUGCUAAGCGUUGCCUGACAGAUCCUUGGCUGGGUGUGCCGGCCGGCAGCCGUUUCCUGCGACAGUCACUUGAAAGGGGGGGAGUCGCUCUUCCUGACUUCCCAGGGCCGUCGUACGUUACCUUUGGUGUGUACCGUGAGCCGUUGCAGUAUGUGCAUCAUGCUCUUUCCCUGCAGCAUCCUUUUGACCUGGCUCGGGCCGUGCCUGAUGACCUUCUGCGUGUACUCUUUAAGACUUUGACGGGUGGGCCUGUAGCAGUCCUCCGUUCUAGGUUGCUCAAGCUUCGGCAAUGGCGAGCUUGGGCUAAAGAGCUUGAGUCGGAAAAUGCAAAACUUUUUGCCUCGAUGCACAAGGAUGUCGCAGCCGUCCUCAGAGGAAAGAGGCUGGCCCUACUCGAGAAAAUUGGACGGUCUUUGGGUUGGCCAGAUGAGGCCAUCUAUCAGGACCUUGCGGAUGGUUUUCGCAUAACCGGCUAUCUUCCUGCGACAGGAGUCUUUGAGCCUGACGUGCGCCCUGCAGAGCUUGAUGAGCAGGAGUUCUGGACCCGAGCGCCCGCUCUCCAGAAUUCCUUGGUGGAGAAGAUUCGAAAGCAGGCCAUCGCUGACUUCGAGCAACCCCUGUGGGAGCUGACUCUGGACGAGGCCGACCCGAACUCGAAGGCAUGGCUUCACGGGCCUCUCUCCUUGGAGGAGGUCAGGCAGCGUUUCGGUGACAAAUGGUGCCCUUGCAGAAGAUUCGCGGUAUGGCAAAAGAAGUGGCGACCUAUCGACGAUCUCAGCGAGAACAAUGUCAACUCGACAUUUGGAGCUUUCGAGAAGGUUGCCUUGAGGGCCCUCGACGAGAUUGUGUGGGUCUGCUCAACGAUCUUUCGCUACGCCUCAUCCCGAGGAGAUGUUUCUUUGACUCUUUCAGAUGGCACUUGCCUGAAUGGGAAAGUGCAUGCCAUGUGGGAGCAGGGUGAUAACAUCAGGCCCCUCACGAAGACCUACGACUUGAGGUCUGCUUACAAGCAGCUGCCGCUGCACCCAGAAGAGCAAAGGAAGGCUGUCAUCAUGCUGCGGGAACCUGGGACCCGUGAGCCCAGAGCCUUUGUAUGCCGGACCCUACCUUUCGGGUCUGCGGCUUCGGUUCUGCAGUUCAACCGGGUCUCUUUGCUGCUUAGGCGCAUUCUCCUUGAGGUCGACGUGCUUGCCUCCUGCUACUACGACGACUACCCUUGCACUGCGCCUAAGUGUCUUGCAGAAGCCACUGAUGGCUGUGCCCAUGCAGUCUUCACUCUUUUGGGUUUUGAGACUUCGGUGGACAAGGAGUGUAGCUUUUCUACGCAAACCGAGCUGCUGGGUGUCACCCUUGAUACUUCCGAUCAAGGGUAUCAGGCUGUCCGGGUAGCCAAUAAGCCAGACCGUGCCAGCGCCAUAGCUGAGUCACUCGAGAUGGUCAUGCAUCAAGGGAGAGUGAGGGUGGCCGAGCUUCCUGCCCUUUUUGGCAGGCUCCAGUUUGCCGAAUCACAGCUCUUGGGAAGAUCCGGCCGUCUGGCGCUGGCUGACCUUCGCAAGCUUGAGGCUGCGAAUGCUGUGAGUGUGCCCUUAAUGCCCCAUCAUCUUGAAGCCUUUGCUCUUCUCUUGCGCCGCAUGCGCUCCGGACCGCCCCGAAGCAUUUCCACAGCGGGCGAUCUUUCGCCCGUGCUUGUCUUCACCGAUGGUGCAUGCGAACCCAAGGGAGAUAAGUUCGAGUGCAGUGUGGGGGGUUUGCUAAUCGUUCCGGGCUCCCGCCCGACGAUGAAGGUCUUUGGCUGCCGAGUGCCAGAUUCAGUUGUGCAGGUGUGGGCAGAGGGAAGGAAACACAUCAUAGGGCAGACCGAGCUGUAUGCCGUGGUCCUCGCUCGAGUGCUGUGGAGUAAUGACCUGUCAAAUCGUAGGGUUGUCUACUUUAUCGACCAUUCAGGCGUGCAGGGCGCAUGCAUGACCGGGACGUCAUCCGACUCAUCCUGGAGGCAACUUCUUAUGGCCUUUGAAGUUGCAGAUGAAGCGAGGCCUUGCAUGUCCUGGUUCCAUCGAGUUCCCAGAGACACCGCGUUGUUUCCUCACUGGCACAAUCCUCGAAAGGAUGGAGUGAAAAGGGGAAAGAAGGUCGGCAUGCAUCAUCUACUGUGCUCCCUUGCCGUGGAAACGGAUAGGUGGAGGCAUACUCGCAUUGCCCAGCAGGAUUCCCUCUCGCCCCUCUUGACUGGAAUUGAUUGGCACCCGCUCAAAAAGCUUAGAUGUAGGCUGCCGCCGCAGCACAAAACAUCGCUUAUGGCGGUGUGGCAGGGUGCAAUCCGGGCAGACCCAUGUGCGACCUGCCUCACAUGCGGACGCGCUGCAACUUUGAAUCAUGUGCUAUGGGAGUGUUCCUGGUGGCUAACCAACCUCCCAGAGCCUCCUGCUUUUGAAAGAUUCAGAAAAGAGUGGCCGAUUUCCUCCUUGUGGUCUAGGGGGAUGACCCCGGCUACUUCCUACCCUGACGAUGGCCAAUGGGUGCGCACAACGGGAGCGUGGAAUGAUUCUCAGCUCAUCAGUGGAGAAGGGGUUUAUUUCGCCACCGACGGCUCCCCAGGCCGAUCCAAAGAUGUCCGAUUUCAUCGCUAUACGUGGGCUGCAAUUGCCUUUAGACUGGAUGAUGCUGAACCCGCUGUUAUUGCAACGGCGGUUGGUACCUUGCAAACCCCGCUUUCGGUGUUCCGGGCGGAGGCGGCUGCUGUUAAAUUUGUUGCCGAGCACACUCAAGGGGAUGUUGACCUCACUAUGGAUUGUAAAGGGAUUAUCCCUAGGAUCCAGGGGAAACCUUCCAUCCAGUCGGCUGACCUUUUUGAGCCAAUCAGGGAGCAUUCCCACAGAAUCCGCCCCACUUGGAUUGCGUCGCACCUUUCGGUUCCCAAGUUCAUUGAGCGGUUUGGUGCCAACCAACUCUGGCGUAGGCGGGCCAAUGAGCUGGUCGACCGCCUGGUGGGUGAAGCGGCUGAACAAAGACGAGACCCACUCUAUGAGUCCAGCAUCAAGAAGCUGGAUGCCGUGAUCACUCAGGUCAACACCUUGUUGGCCAAGCGCUCUGCAGCCCUUCUCUCUUAUGACAAGGACCAGGGCCCUCAGGUGCAGUGGCCGGAUAAGGCGAAGGAGGUGACUGACACUGGUGUUAGGAGUGUGAAGUCUUUCUUCCAGCCUACGGCCAGUCAGGACGAGCAAGCUCCUGAGCCCGGGCCACAACACGUGCAACCCCCUGAGCCCUUGGUGGAUAACCAGGACAGCUGCUCUGAAGAAAGCGAGGAGGAGCCAAUGGUGCCUGAUCCCAUUGUGCAUCCGGACCCUCCCCCAGCACCGCCUGCUGCGCCUCUGCUGCCCGCCCCGUUGAACUUUGAUGGUAUGGAUCAGGAAGCGGGCGCAGCCUUUGCUAUUGCUGAGAGGGCUCGCAAUACCAAGCCAGGAUUGGUGGCUUUCAAAUCCGAUCUGGGCUAUGCUGGUGUCUUCCAGGCCCUCCCCAAGGACCUGAUCCACGUGCGGUUCAAUGACACGGGGGACAGCACUGCGGCGUAUAUCCACAAUGGAAGAACCAGGUAUGGAUAUGAUGUUGGCGGUGGCUACGUCUUGAAGGUUGGGACGAAGCAGGCGUUUGGGGAUGAGGUGGCGAUUUCGGCCUUGCUUCCUAAGGUGGCAGCCACCAUCAUUGGGGCUGGAUCUACGACACUGCAGGUGCUGCUCUCUGGGCGACCAUGGGAGUUCAGGUCCCAUUUGGUGGCGUGGUCGAUGGUGGAAAAAGUCGAGCUCCUCACGGAUUUUGGUUCUAGGAACCAGAUCCACCCUCAGUGGUCCUUGUAUGCCUUCGCCCUCCUUUUGCAAUUGAGCCGUCAUUUUGCCCUUCGUGAUGUGUCAAAAACCAACCUGGGCAUUAAACCAGGACUCAGUGCUGCGACGCCCAUGUUGUGCUUUUUCGAUCUCGCGGAUUGGCACUUCGAAGGGCUCAAUGCUGGAGGUUGGUUUCCCAAGUAUAGCUUGCGCAGUUUCAUCGAGACCCUUCGAUGUGUCUGUGACGUCACGCCGUUGGAGCCGUAUCUCCGCAGGCAGGCGGUGGUCCCUUGCCUCAACGAUAUCAUUGCGGUUCUCCCUGCUGCGCUCAAGGCAAACUUGGAAAUCCAAAUGGUCCUCAUGAAUGGCCGACUUUCGGAUUGGGCUCACCUUGCUGGCAGGGGUGUCGUGAGGGCCAGUGGUGUUGCCAGGCCUACGGCCGCCUCGUGCGCGUGGUGUAAAAUUCACCUGGUGGCUCAAGUUUUACUGCUCAAGUCAGCUGUGGUGAUCAUGCCUCGAUCGCGAAGCUACACUGUGUGCCAGUUUUGCAACGACUCUUGGAUUUACAACCACAAAAUCAAGCACCGCCCGUUUUGCAGAUGUGGGCAACCAUGGCCUUUGCAAGAGUCGCAGUACACCCAGGAUUCGGACCUGGGGUCGUACCAAUGGUCCCAGAAGCGUGCCGUUUUUGCCAAGCCGACCAAGCCUGCAAAAACCCAGCCAUCCAAGGGCUUUAAGGGUGUGCAGGUCCUUGGUGAGCACUGGGGUUCUUUGCCUGAAGCAGUGCAGCAGGUGCUCAAGAAGAAUGGGCUGGCCCCACCGGAGCCUGCUGAAGAUGAAGACCCGCUGCUUAAGCUGCUCAUGCAGCACAAAGAAGCCCUGCCUGCCGAGAUCAAGCUCGAGCUUGACAAGAGGGACCCGGAGCCUUUCGAAGUUGCACUUGCCACCCAGGACGCUUUCAAAACUGCAGUUGGAAAGCUACGGGAGCUUGGCCAUCGCAAGUUGCUCCUGCAGCAACGAAUUGACAAUGCAAAGACUGCCUUCACUGCCUUGCUUUCGCAGAUGCAAAACUUGCAGGCGGAGAUCAAAGAUGCUGAGCAAAAGGUUGAGAAAGUUGGAGGUGACUACCAUGAGAAAGUGCUUAAGACGGAGGAUGGCACAGAUCCUAUGGAUGUGGAAGCGGUUUUGGGACAGCUUGGAGUCCAGCUGACCCAGGAGCAGCAGGCCACCUGGAAGGCCAUCCAGGCUUCCCCCUUGAAGACCUCUGGGCCCAAGUACUUCUCCAGGGCCGUGUUUGAUGAUGCAGAUCAUGUUGUGUCAUCCUUGGACACACUUGAGGCCUCCCCUAGUCCCAAGCCCCGGAAGAGCACCGUGUCGAACCAAAGGACCAGUCAAGCCAACAAAAAACAGGUUCAGGAGUGGAAGGCCCUCCUACACAUCCUUGAGGCUGCACCUGUGAUGGAUAUGCCCGCCAAAGAGGCUGAUCUGCUCCAGUGGAUUGAGGACUUUGGCGGUCAUUAUGAGUCAGGGUCUUUAGAGGAAUGGACUUUGAACCGGAUCUGCCAGCUCCUUGAGCAAUCCAAGGAUGACACCCUGGGUAUGAUUGAGGCUGUUGACGCUGUGCUAGCUGGCUUCUGUAAAAAGGGGUCAGAUAGCAAGCUUCUGCUGAUUGGUCAGGCCAAUAUCACCACCUAUCGAAGUGAGAUUCGAACUUGGUUGGUGGAUCGGGAUGAGUCCUUUUGGCUUUUGCAGGAGACACAUGUCACUGAAUCAGACACCAGAGCCCUGGUGAACAAAUUCCAAUCUGUUGGAAAGCAAGCUUGGGCGGGCCCUGCUGCACCGACCCAGGGAGGAUCUUCAGGGGGCCUCCUCACCCUGGCUCCUUCCCAUCGCAAUGCGGCGACUGGCCCGGCUUUCCUCUUGGAUGGCAAAGGGAGGCUGGCUGCGCUCCUUAGCCAAACCAGCACGCCCUGGCUGGUUCUUGGUGAUUGGAACUGCCCUCCUGAUGAACUCCUACGACAUGGAUACCCUACCAUGGUUAAGGGCCGGUUGGCGGUGCCGACAAGCCCCACAAUCAAUACGGGGGGAACUUUGGAUUAUGCGUUAGCGUCGGCCAAUCUAGCGCCGGCCAUUACACUUACUCCUUGUUGGGACGUUCCGUUUAAACCCCACGCAGCGGUUACCGUUGAGCUGAGGCUUGAGGUGGUGGACCUGCCUCUCCGGCAACUGAAGGGAUUCUCCCUUGAGCCAACCGCAUCAUGCCCUGAUGAGUUGCUUCUCCCUGAGGCUCAAGCGCGUGGUUUGUGGGAUACCUCCCAACCACUUGACCAUGAGUGGGCUUCCUUCAGUGCUGGGGUUGAGGAGCAACUCUUUUCUGCUGCAGCUGGUCGUGGGUGGAAACUGGAAGACACGCUCGAGGCCGGCCUUUUGGCAGUCCUUCCUCCUCUGGACUUCAAAAGCACUUGGAAGUAA